GAGGCAGGUAGCGGACUGGGACGUAGGCGCGUAGGCAGGUAGACGAGCGCGACCGAGGUGUGGGCCUUCUCGGUGGGAGAGCGAGACGGAUACUCGGCCCCGGGCAGCGAGGCUACGAGGCUACCGCGUCCUCGACGUCCAUCGCAGUUCUCGUCCGUCCGGCUGGGUGUGCGGAGGUAGCGUGUCGACGCCUCGCUCCCCGUAGUCUCGCCAUCGACGCCGACGGCGACGCUGCUACGGGGGCAAGCGGGAGAGGGACGGAAAGAGGGACGGAGAGAAAGAGCGCGCGCGAGUGAGAGAGCGUGAGCAAGCGAGGGACGCGGUGCUUUCUCGCCAGAGAGCGACAUUACGAUGGCGACGAUAUCGAUGACUACGACGACGACGACGACGUCGACGUCGACAGCGACAACGAUGGCGACGGAGCCGAGAAAGUCUUAUCACGAUCUGUGUCGCCUCUGCGCUUCCUUCGACGCCGUUAGGAUGCACAUUUUCGGCCAGGAGGGCAAGAAUCGCCAGCUCGUUGACAAGAUCCAGACGUGCUUGCCGUUCAAGAUAAUAGAAGACGAUUGUUUGCCAAAAGUCCUGUGUUACCGAUGCAUGUACAACCUGGAAAAUUUUUAUGACUUUAGGACUGCGUGUGUGAACGCAGCUGCUUGGCUGGAAAGAAAUAGGCCGAAGGAAGGCGCGAGCGAUGAUGGCGCAAAUGACAGCGCACAAUCCGGCGAGGUGCACGCGGAGCUCCUUAAAGGAAAGGAAAAUAUGCCAGUACUUAUUCCGGAGGCGCCCGUAGUGAAUCCCAAUGCUGCAUUGGGUACACCACCGAGAUUAAAUUCGGAUGGUGAAGCGGAUCCCGAGAUCGAAGAGAUUCUCGACACAAGCGAAGGUACGGAUGAAGCUACAGUAAUCGACGAUUCGGAAGAUCGGCGAUCGGAGUACGAGAUGGCGUACGAGAUGGACAUGGAGACGAAUCCUAGCGACUUUUUGGAAAUGACCCCGAUGGUAACCGAGGAAAACGAAGAGGAGUGCGGUACAAGCAACGCGGCGAGUGCCGCGACUACUCAGGACACCGCGGUCUUUCCACACGCAACAACGUCGCAACAGCACGAAGUCUACGUCUGUUCUCUGUGCAACAAAGCGUUCAGUUCCAAGGGUCACUUGUCGCUGCACGCGAGAAUUCACGUGGGUGAGGGUGAUGUGAUCGGCGAAAGAGUAAUCACCGAUGACCACACUUCGUAUCAACGACCGUACCAGUGUGAUCUUUGUCACAAGUCGUAUUCUACUGCGAAACAUCGCUGGGGACACGUCUCGACGACACAUCGGGGACAUCCCGCGGUCACGUGCGCGUACUGUUCUCGCAUAUACUCGACGCGAUAUAAUCUCGACGAGCAUAUAAAAUCGCGGCACGCUGGUCUCCCGCCACCCCCAGAGUUAUCGGUCCCCCUUUCGCGCACGGAAACUCGUUAUCAGUGCCAAACAUGUUCGAUGGUGUAUACAGAUCUAGCAGAUUUCAAUGCGCAUCGGCAGAUAUGCAUUCAGGAGCAACGUUCUACGGAUCCGCUGGGGCAAACCGAAGCGCAAAACAAUAAGAUUUUCGCCGACACGUCCGAUAUCUCGAGUGUAGAUUCGUAUGACGAGAAUAAAGACUUUAGGAAUGCCGAAGCUAAAUUGGCGAAAAAUCCGCAGUUAACUAUAUUGAAACAAGCGCUGACCAAAGGAGACAGCUUAAAACGAAAUUUUGACGAUGACGGUUCAACGUCCAGCAGCAAGCCGAAAAAAAUAGUUAAGUCAGAAGAGUGCGAGACUCCACAGAAGAGGUGGUAUUGCGAGGCUUGUCCGCAAAAUUUUACAUCGGUGGACAGUUUGAAGGAGCAUGAGAUUAGGCACGAUGCCGAGAAGCCGUAUAUCUGCAUACUAUGCAAGAAAGAUUUCGUUUUGAAAUCUUCAUUAAUUAGGCACAUUACAAUGUCACACGGCGUUGAUCCUACUCCUAUCGUUGACAGCGACAAGUGUUUGAAGACAACGGCGAUGCCUCAGAAUUGGAACGAUCGAGUGGACGUCAGUGUUUAUGAACAAAAUGAGACCAAGGAGCCACCAGAGCCCCCGUCGUCACCUGAGAUAAAUUUAGAAAGUGACGACAAAGAUUAUAAGAACAAUCACGAGAAUAUAGAAAUCGAAACGGUAUUUGUAUGUGAGUCUUGUAAGAGGGACUUCAACGACCGAGCGUCGUUAUGGCUACACAUACGAGCGAUGCAUAAAGAAUACGCUGCAUUUACUUGCGGAGUGUGUUUAAAGAUGUGCUUUAACAAUACGCAACUUCAAAACCAUGUCUAUAUGUAUCAUGGAAGGUCCAAGCUUUUAAUAUCGGAACAAAGAAGGUACAGCUGUACGAUAUGCGGCAGACAGCACGACUCGAGAAAGAAGCUUAUCACUCACGUCUCGAUACACAAUGUCGAUCCUGCCUUUGACCCUGCGACUUUUGUACAAUUAAAUAGUAAUUAUUAUAGUGAAAAUUUGAAUGGUAACGAAGGAAAUGAACAGGCAUUAGAUUUUGACGGAGAGGACGGCGAGAAGGUGGAUUGUUAUAUUUGUUACAAGUCUUUCCCGACCGAGGAUCAUCUUAUACGACAUCAAAGAAACGCCCAUAAGUCUGACCAGUUAGUUUCAUUAGGAGACGCUGCAGGUAGUGGAAGUACUCUCAGUGUCAACGGUAACGGUAAUAGGGCGCAGUAUCAUUUAUUUUUCGUUUGUGAGGUAUGCGGUAGUUCACACUCGAGCAAGUGGGAGCGCUGGUUGCAUAUCAACAAUACGCAUAGCAACGAAUCAUCUAUUAAAUGCGAAUGGGAGAAUUGCGGAAAGAUAUUUGCGACCAAGUCAUUGCGCAAUGAGCAUCUCCAGCAUCACACGGUGCAGGGACCCUCGCCAAACACCUGCGAGAUAUGUGGAAAAUUGUGGCCUACUCGCGUCGAUUAUUGGAAACACGUGAUGGGCGUGCACUCGGACACGGUGCCUCUAAUUUGCGGCGUUUGUCUCAAAGUAUUCUCCGACGUAAUGCAAUUAAGCGCACAUGUCAAGGCGAAACACUGGCCGCUAACCAGUGGUGAUUUCUGUUGUGAUAUUUGCGGUAGACCGUACUCGAAUAAAUCCAAGAUGUCUCGGCAUAGAAAGAUCCACGGCUUGGAGGCAGCUAUGGACGCUGCGUGCGAUAACAGCAGUUUCAAUGAAACGACUAACGAAUCGGUCAAGCCUGAUCACAACAAUGGCGUUUCGGAAGUGGAGUUAAGUUGUGACCAGUGUCCCGAGGUCAGCUUCACGACGCUGGACAGUUUGUGUAAUCAUCGACGGAUAACACAUGGCCUCUUCCCGUGCGAUUUGUGUAACAAGUGCUACGGCAGAACGUCGCACUUGUGGAAGCAUGUAAAUAGGGUACACAAAGGACACGCAGACGUGACCUGUCCUUACUGCGCAAAGACGAGCGCAUCGAGAGAUCACCUGGCAGCUCAUAUUGCCAAGAUUCAUAGGUUCAUGCCCGCGAUGGGUAAGGAUAAUCAAAAUUGCGUCACUUCCAAGUCUCUAAGUGUGGAGGACGGUAUCUUACAUUACUGUGAGAAAUGUAACAAGGGAUUCCACAAGCGCUAUCUGCUCCGUCGUCACAUGAAAGGUUGUCAAAACUAUCGUAAAGAUCCGGGUGCACUGUUGACCCGGUGCCGGGCCUGCGAGAGGAUAUUCAAGGAUCGUGCGAGUCUGCAGAAACACAUCGAGAAUCAUCAUACCUCGUACACUUGCCACUUGUGCAACGAAACGAUCACUUCCAAGCUAGGCAUCAUGACGCACAACCGCGUCAAUCACAUGGAUCACCCGGAUCUGACGUGCGAUCAUCCAAGUUGUAAAAAGCUCUUCCGCACUAAAGAAGAUCUGGAAUCUCAUCGAAAGGAUCACAAGUAUCACAGUAACCCGAACGUUUGCGAUUUUUGCGGCGACACCGUGGAAAAUAAGCUCAAGCUGAAGAUGCACGUGCUGUCGCUGCAUCGAAACGAGAUUGGCGUGUCCUGUGGUGUCUGCCUUAUUCCCAUGAAGGAUCCCAAAGAUUUGAAGAAACACGUCGAGUCGGAGCACAGCAGCGUUCUUUCCAAUCCAAACACGUGUCAGGUAUGCGGCAAGCAAUACGCGUCCAAGUGGAAGGCUUUUGAUCACACCAAGAAAUGUCACGGCAAGGUUUUCCUCACGUGCAAACAGUGUCUAGCUGUUUUCACGGAUGAGAACGAUAUACGCGAUCAUUACGAACAUGUACAUAACGUACCGAAGGACCAAUUGGCCAUUUUCGAGUAUAGAAUGGAUAUUGGUGUCAAGAGAGAGGGUUACGAGACUCCCGAUAUUAUUGUGAAGGAGGAACCGGAUGAUUUGGAGUUCGACGACGAGAUAUGUGACGAGAGCUCCAACGACUCUCGAAAACGUAGAAGAUCGCCGAACGACACGUACGAUUGCGAGAUGUGUCCCGAGAUCUUUCUCACCUCGGACACUCUUGCCAAGCACUAUCAGAACGUCCACAACACCGAUCCCGUCCGCAUGUUCAAGAAAUUCAAGAAAGAUGGCGACAGCAAGCGCAAGAUGAGAAACAAAAGCAACUUUGAAUGUAAGAGUUGCAAAAAGCAAUUCUCUACCAAGAUUCUGUACUGGAAUCACAUCAAUAUAUGCACGCGGCGAAACUCGACAGGUAGAUUUGAUGCCCCGAAUAAUGUGUCGACGUCAAUUCUCGAGUCUCAUCUGAAAAACAAUAAUCAGGCACAGCGAGAAGAGCCACCGCUGACGAACGAAUCCAACUUGAACAUUCCCGACUUCAAUCUAUUCGAAGACAUCAAUUUGCAAUUGUCCGCCCAGAAACCUGUGCCGAAUCUUAUGCCAUUGUCGCAGAUGAAGGCGACGGGCAACAGCAAGUGCUCGAGGAAAGACUCGCGCAAGGUGUACGAUGAAUCAACCAAUACCGAGUGCACGUGCGAAGUCUGCGGUAAGCAGUGGCCCGCCAAGAAACAUUUGUGGCAGCACCUGAUUCGUUUCCAUCGCGCCGAAGCUGCCGUUACAUGUGGCGUAUGCCUGAAGCUGUGUAAAUCUUAUCAAGAUUUGGCGGAUCACUUGAAGGCCGAGCAUGCCCCCGUUUUGUCGCCGGAGGGCAACAAUUUCACUUGUAAGACGUGCGGCAGGUAUCACAACGCGAGAAGCAAAUUGCUGUUGCACAUGAGCAUCCAUAUUGGCAACUUCCGGUGUCAAAAGUGCCAGCAAGGUUUCCCGAGCGAGGAUAAACUCACCGAGCAUAUAACGAGCUGCACUGGCAAGCCGGAGUUUGAAGAUAACGCGGUGGCGGACGAAGAGAACGCAAAGAACGACAACGACGAGAAGGGCAGUUUAAUCGCCGACGAGACAUCGGUCAUCGAGGAAGUGGAGGAAGCGGAAGAUUUCGAAUCGGACGGCGAAAGGAGUAGGGAUAUCCAUGACGAGGACAACUCGGAAAAUAGUGAAGAAGACAACUCGGAUAAUAGCGAUGAUUCAGAUAGCGAUAGUAACAGUAGUUCGAGCGACGAUGAAAACGAGAACGAAGAGGAGGAGGAGGAAGAAAAUGAAAACGAAAAUGAGUCUGAUGCAAGAACCACUAGUAGGGACAGCGGUGAUAGCGUAUCGUGUAAUUCCGACAGUGACGACGAGUCGGACAUGGACGAAACGGAAGUGAACGUGACGGAAAAGAAAACGCUGCAAAUGAGCGAUAUCGGUAGAUUCAGGAUUCGCGAUGGCAGCAUUCAACAGAUGCCGAUGGAGAAGACUGCCAAGGACCAGAAAACCGAUCUUACGUCCGUUACCGUAGCGACAGUUGCAGAACAAACUAAACAAAGUAAUUUGAAUGAUCUUUUGAUUUCCAAUGCGUCCGCAAACAUGGACAAAUUUCAGGUAUUUCGUCUCGAGGAAUCCGCUAAAGCUGCAGCGAGCGAUGUAGAUUUGUCUGAUGAUGACGAUGGCGAUAAUGAAGAAGACGACGAGGAAAUGAAUGAAAAUGAGCAAGUGGAAGAAGGUGAAGAUGAAGAUGAGGAUGAAGAUGAGGAUGAAGAUGAAGAUGAAGAUGAAGGUGAGGCUGAGGCUGAGGCUGAGGCUGAGGCUGAGGUUAAAGUUAAAGUUGAGGUUAAAGUUGAGGCUGAGGCUGAGGAUGAAAGUGAGAAUGAGGGCGCAGCCGCAGCCGAGAGAGAGGAAGAAGAGGAGGAGGAGGAGGAGGGAGAAGAAGAAGAUGAUGAUGAAGACGAUGACGACGACGACGACGACGAUGAUGGACCGCCUGUGUUGAGUCCAAUAAUGCCUUUGUUACCAGAAAACGAAUCUGAGGAUCACAGCGAUAUGACGGAUCGCACGAGGCACAAGCUCAGUCCGAUGGUUUCGUUGAGUAUAACUAAAGAGGAGUGCGACCUGGAGGAGUGCGAAAUAACCGAAAUGCCAAACGAUGUGGAGAACGCAGCCAACCUCUUUGCGGCUAAUAACAAUGAUCUGCCUGUAACAUGGGACGAGAACUUGGACGAUAACGGAAUCGACAAUGGCGAUUGCAAUUCCGACAUUGGAGACAGGGAUGUGGAGAGAAACGAGGAAUACAGUAAGGUGUACUGCAAAAUAGAAGUGAACGAGGGCGAUGACUUUGAAGAGGAUUCCGCGUAUGAAAAUGUGGUGGAUAAUAGUAGAGAGGGUGAUGGAGACAAUCAAGUGCACGAAGUGCAUAAUCUGGACGGAACUGUGUUAAUGGUGGCUAAUGACGCGGAAGGUAAUCAGAUAUUGAUAGAACAAAACAUGUUAGAUAUCGAUAACGAGGACUCUAAUGCUGAAGCGGCGCAGUAUAUUUACCCAGAGAACGCUUACGAGAUUGAGGAAGAGGAUUAUGCGACGCGAAACGAAACCGACGUCAUGCAAACGGAUGAGAUGCAAGGUAGUAUGUCCUACGUUCAGGAUACAUCGGAGAAUGAGGAUAGUACAGAGGGUGACAUCGAGGAGAACAGCAGUGACGUGCAGAAACAGUAGGACGCGAGUGCCAAAACAGAGAGAGAGAGAAAGAUCUAGGAUAAUAAAUCUGUAAUAAAGUGUAAGAUAAUUAAUAUGGAUGUGUUUGGAACUGAGAACCUCGGAAAACAACAUGUACCUUGAAAACAAAACGAUAACAAUAUUGUAUAGUAGAGUAAGCUUGUAGUUUAUAGCUUUGGAGGAUUUUUGAUAGACUGUAAAAGAGAGUGGAGUGAGAAAGAUGCGACAAAGGAAAACACGUUUCGUUUUCAUUGAUCUGCCAGAGGCUUUGCAUUCACGAAUUGCGCAACGUUGCAAGCUUCCGACUAAUCGUUUCGAAAGGUAAUAAAAUUUUGAAUUAUUAAAUAGUGUACUAUAUACAUAAGGCGAUAUUUAGUUUAUUGUAAAAGGUAUAAUUUACAGUAUGUUUUUUAGUUUCCGAUAUUCAGCGAUUGAUUACAUUAUAUAUACGUAUCGUUUAUUUAUAUCGGUGACACUUUUUUGACAAUAAUAUGCUCCGACAACAAUUCCCGCCGCCCUGUUUACGUCACAUGCCAUCCGCUAGACAAUAGGACACAAAUUUAUCAUCUUGAUAAUUUAGUUCUGUUUUAAAUUAAAAACUCUGCUAGGCAGGAUCAAAAUUACAAAAUUACGCGUUAGAAUUAAAUCCCUU